AAGGGGUCUAUUAAAACAAACAUAAUUUUGUGAUUUUCAAGAAGAAUUUGUUUCCAAUUCCAAUAUGUCUCCAGAUUCUACCCUAUUGUUAUUUUUGUAUGCGGUCAUGCUGGGUCAGGUGGAAUUCAAAACUAUUGCAUCGGACGAGGAUUCUCAAAUAACAAGCAUGAGGUUUAGCAGAGUCUCAAAUUUCCCACCGAACGCUAAAUUCUUUUACCUGAUUUCCACACGCAGUAAGAGCCGAAUUCAGUGUUUUUCGCUAUGUUUGAAAAAGCAAGCGCAGUGCAUUGCACUUAUUUACAAUAGGACUCAAAGACUGUGUCGGUUGAUAACUACUGAAGUAACGGAGGAACUUGUUGGUGCAGAUGUACUAAAAUCAGGAAUGGUGGCUUUAAAGAUGACCCAAGUGUGUGAGCGUGGCUACCAUUUUUACAAUAGGCAUUGUUACAGGUUUGGAGAAUUCAAAAUGACGUGGAGAAAAUGUAAGGAUGAAUGUGAGCAAAUGGGCGCUUACCUGACGGAAGUGGAGACUGUAGAUGAAAACACGUGGUUAACGACUACAUUUGUCCACCCAAUUGUCAAUACAGUCGAAUGCCCAGAAGAAUGGCCGUUUUCAUGCUCUUCAUGGAUUGGUGCUGAGCGUUUAAAUGCAAGUGAGUUCAUCUGGAAUCGCCGUGGCAACAUUGUGACGUAUUCACCUUGGUAUCCUGGGGAACCGGAUAACCAGAAAUGCGUUCAUCUUCUGCGCUCUGCAUUAUGGGACGAUGUUUAUUGUGAUACACCAAGACAUUUUAUUUGUGAAAAAGAUUUCCAUGAACUGUAAAGCUUUGGAUAUUUUUUGCAAAAUCUCCGGAAGAAUAUCAUGAUAUAAACCAAAAUUUAAAGACUGUGAAUUGAGUGUUUGAAGAAUUAUUACAUAGUUUCAUAUCAUGAUUUUCAAAUAAGAAAAAACUUUUUUA